AUGGGAGAUAAAGAUAAAUCAUUUCGAGAACGCGUUUCAGAUAUGUUUUAUUUGAAUCAAGAUGAGCAACCAAAAGGAAAUGAAAAUCAGCAAUGGUCGAAAGAAACGAAAGUUGAUAAUGACAUUAAAUCAACCACUACUUUUAAUAAAGAAGAUGAUCACGUUAGACGAUUUGAAAAUCCUUCUUAUUUACAUGGAGUCCAAGACUCUGAAGGUUUGGGAAAAAUAGUUGGACAUGAAGAAUUGAAAGAAACUGGCAUGCAACAACAACUACGUGGUAAUCAUGAAAGGAUUAACGCCGCUAUUAAGGAUGAUGACAAAUACAACGAGACAUAUUUAAUGGACUAUUAA